CCCGCUGCCGCCCCGCCCCCGCCGCCACCGCCCUUUGUCCGCCGCCGCCGCGGGCCCCACUAUGGCGCCGCGGUGAUGCGCGGCGGGGCCGGCCCGGAGGCAACGGGGCCGAGGGCAACCGGGAGCCCCAUGCGGGGGCCGCUGCCAUGGGGCAGGUCCUGGGCUUCGCUCACUGCAAAGAGGCUCCAUCCACGGCCUCCACCACGCCGGACUCCACGGAGGGUGGCAACGAGGAGUCGGACUUCCCCGAGCUGCAGGCAGCACCGGAACCCCCCGAGAAGGAAGAGGAGGAUGAAGACGGGGCGGUGGGAGGGGGACCCCCCCGGGAACUCACCUUCUCCUACAUCGCCUUUAGAGCGGGGGGGGGAGCCAACGAGCCGGGACCCCGCUGUCGCCGAGACUCCCGUCGCGGACGCCCCCCCCCGCCUGAGCUCGGGGCCCCCCGGGGGGUGCCCCCGGGGGCCGGACCCCCGCUUGGCCGCUAGGGCCCCCCCCAAGCGUCCCGAGGAGCCCCCAGCCCCUCCCGAGGGGCAGCUGGAGGUGGGGGGGGCACUGCCAGAGUUGGGGGGUCCUGAGACUGAGGAGACCCCAAUGAGCCUGGCAGCAGCACCCGCGGCCCCCCCCCCCGCCCGCAGGGGGAGCCCCGCGGCCGCCCCCCCCCGUGCCCCCCCCCGGACCCCCUCCUAAUCCCGGAGCCGCCC